AUGGAAUCAAUGUGCUACUUCUUGUAUGAAAAAGAUGGCAAGAGAACCCUAAAGCCGCCUCCAAGGGGGGAUAUCAGCACCGAUCUUGUCCGAAUCACACUCCAGCUGACUCAGGAGAAAGUCAAGAAACUUAAGGAGCGAGCCAAGCAAGAAUCAGCGCGCUCUCUACAUGAUCUAUAUUUCUCAACGUUCGUCGUCACAAUGGCCUAUCUCUGGAGCUGUCUGGUGAAGGCGCGCGAGAGGUACUUUGGGAACUGGGUGUUCCCUAUUGGUUACAAAGCAAAGCUAUUGUCGGGAAGAGACGGUUUCUUAAACGCUAUCGAGAUUCUUGGAGAUUCAGUCAAAAGUUUGGGUUCACAAGGAAUUGAAGCACUUGCGAGUUAUUUUGGGUGGGUUAAACCCGUAAACGACGAGAUUGUGUCCAUUGACCGGUAUGCAGCGUUCACGAUAUCAGAGAGGAGGGAUGAGAUCGGUGGCGCUGAGAUAGGCUUGUGUUUGAAGAAGAUGCUAUCCUCGUACCGAGACCCUGCACAGAGUGAGAUGGAUACUUUUAUGUCUUCGUUUAAUUAUGGUUUGGACAUAAUUGUAUCACCUCUUUAG